GCGUGCCGGUAAUUUUGCCACGUUGGUUCUCCGCCAUCUUGUGUUGUUUCUGAAAAUUUGAAUGUCGAAAAAUAGGGGAAAGUAAGGCGAAAAAACAUCUCCUCGAAGUUUGAUCUGCCGGAGCAAGUAACCGACGAUGAAUUCGUGCAUCCAGAGUUUUGUUACUUUUACUGUGUUAGCUCUGAGUUGUAUUUUGGUGAGUUGCACCGAACUGACUUUUGAGUUGGAAGACAACGCUAGACAGUGCUUCUACGAAGAAUUGAAAAAAGAUGCGAAGGCUACCCUGGAGUUUCAGGUUAUAACUGGUGGAAACUAUGAUGUAGAUGUCAUACUGUAUGAUAUUAAUGAGAAAGAGCUGUACAGUGUCCAGAAGAAGCAGUACGACAGUCAUACUUUUACUGUUGAGCAACCAGGGAUCUACAAAUUCUGCUUCAGUAAUGAAUUCUCUACAAUCAGCCAUAAGACUGUCUACUUUGAUUUUCAAUCUGGCGAGGAGACCCAGCUGACAAAAACCAUGGGGAACCAUCACACCGCUCUAACACAGAUGGAGACGGCUUGUGUCACCAUUCAUGAGAAUUUGAAGAUUGCUAUUGAUUACCAGACACAUCACAGAUUACGUGAGUCCCAGGGGCGUGAUAUGGCUGAGUAUUUGAACGAGCGAGUGCAGUGGUGGUCGGUCGGCGAGUCGGUACUUAUAGUCAUCGUAGGCAUUUGCCAAGUCUUUAUUCUUAGACAGUUCUUUGCUGAGAGAAGGUCAAAUAUCUAGUAGCAACUUAAGUUUAUUAGGUUAUUUAAUAUAUCAAGGCCCAGUUUGGUCUUCUAUUUCUUACAAGUUAAGAUGGAUGUUGUUGCUUGGACAAGUUCCUUGGCAAACAGCAAGUUUUGUACUAAGCCUAAUUCAACAAAAUAUUGUUAAUGUUUCAAGUUCACAAAAGUACAAGGACUUUUUAAAGAAAUGUUGUAUUUCUUCUAAAGGGAAGUGAGGGAAGUGUAGAUAUAAGAUAUACUUGCCAAAAAUUGAAAUAGUAUAUCUUCAUUACAUAAAACAAAUGUUGAAAGCAGAAUGAUCAGAAUCAAAAUUCAAAGUCUUGGUAUACAUUUAGAAGGAAAUUAUGUCUCCCACCUAUCAAUAGUUUCUAGCUAUGUUAAUGUAAGAUUAUCUAGACAUAAAUAUGGUGUAUAAAGUGUGUCACAUUGAAGUAACCAGGAUGAGAUGGAUUUUUUAUUAGGAAUAUUAUCUGUUAACCAUUAACUGGCUCUCUGGGUAUUUAGUACCCCAGUUCAGUUCAUAUCUACAAAUUGUAAACAAUUACAUAUUUUACAUACUCUAAUACCUGGGGCCAAUUAUUACUUUGUUAUCUAUUCUUUUGAUUUUAACCCAUGUUGAAUCCGUUAAAAUGUGAAAACUGUCAUAAGGCUAUUUAAAAUAGUAAAAAAACAAUGCACUGUACUAUCUGUAAAGAGGAAGCAAACUUGCAAUCCCCAUAGUUAUAUCAUGUAACUGUAAUUUGCUUCUAACUUUUAAAUACAAAACUUCAUUUGUUAA